AUGGGCUCACCCGAUGUCGAACCGUACGCCGUGGAUAUGGUUGAUCUGCUGAUGGAACUUGCGAGGAUCGAAAACGAAGACAAUGCCGUGCUUUGCAUGAAGACCAUCAUGGAUCUGGAGAGAAACCAAGCCAAGGCGACGGCACUCCGGGUCCAGACCUUCCUCGAGCUGAUUCAAGAGAUGUUCCAGACCAUGGAGCAAGUAGUCCGGGAUACUUUUGACACCCCUAAUCAAGCCACACCGUCAGGUAUGCCGUCAACGCCGAACGCAACAGCACAGAACUUCCAGUCACCACGACCAAGCUCGCCAGCAACCUCAGUGUCAGAUCUUGGACCCGAGCAGCAGUCAAGUAAUGUUCUUCUCAAGGGCAUGCAGUCCUUCAAAGUUCUUGCGGAGUGCCCGAUUAUUGUUGUUUCUAUCUUCCAGACACAUCGCGCAUCAGUUUCCGCGAAUGUGAAGCUCUUCGUCCCGCUCAUUAAAACGAUUUUGUUGCUUCAGGCGAAGCCGCAAGAGAAAGCACAUGCAGAAGCUGCAGCGCAGGGUACGAUAUUCACUGGGGUGUGCAAGGAAAUCAAAAACCGAGCCGCAUUUGGAGAGUUCAUCACAGCUCAAGUGAAGACCAUGAGCUUUUUGGCGUACCUUUUGCGUUUGUAUGCUCACCAACUCCAAGACUUCCUCCCCACCCUCCCCUCUGUAGUUGUUCGCCUUCUCCAAGAUUGCCCGCGAGAAAAGUCAGGAGCAAGAAAAGAGUUGCUGGUGGCUAUUCGCCACAUCAUCAACUUCAACUACCGCAAGAUCUUCCUCGAAAAAAUCGAUGAGCUUUUGGAUGAGCGAACGCUGAUCGGAGACGGUUUGACUGUUUAUGAGACUAUGCGACCCUUGGCCUACAGCAUGCUCGCCGAUCUCAUCCACCACGUUCGUGACCACUUGAGCCGUGACCAGAUUCGCCGGACCGUCGAGGUCUACACGAAAAACCUUCAUGAUGACUUCCCCGGCACCAGCUUCCAGACCAUGAGCGCCAAGCUACUCUUGAACAUGGCGGAGAAUAUCUCCAAACUCGACGACAAGCGUGAGGCACGGUACUUCCUCAUCAUGAUCCUCGAUGCCAUCGGUGAUAAGUUUGCAUCGAUGAACCACCAGUUCAAGAACGCAGUCAAGGUUUCCAAGGCCUACAAAGAUUUCCGUAAGGACACCGAGCCUUGCCCCGAGAGCUACCUUGCCGAAAAGGACCAGCCCCCCGACUGGGAUGAAAUCGACAUCUUCUCCGCUUCUCCCAUCAAGACAUCCAGCCCCCGCGACCGUGGUGGUGACCCUGUUUUCGAAAAUAUCUUCCUCUUCCGCAAUUUGAUCAACGGCUUGAAGAAUAUUUUCCGCCAACUGAAGAACUGCAACCCAGACGAUGUCCAGAUCGAUCCCAGUAACGUUCCUGUCAACUGGUCCGAGGUGUCAUAUGGGUACAAUGCAGAGGAGGUCAGCGUCAUCAAGAAACUCUUCCACGAAGGAGCUCGCGUCUUCCGCUACUAUGGCGUCGACCAGACUCCCCCCGAGAUUAACUACGCCUCCCCCUUUGAUUUCCUUGCCAGUCAGUACACCGCACCGAUGUCGCGGGAAGAGAAGGAGCUUCUGGAAAGCUUCGGCACAGUCUUCCACUGCAUUGACACCGCCACCUUCCACGAGGUCUUCCAUUCUGAGAUUCCUUACCUCCACGAGCUUAUGUUUGAACACGGCGCUUUGCUUCACCUUCCUCAGUUCUUCCUUGCCAGUGAGGCCACAUCGCCCGCGUUCUCCGGCAUGGUACUCCAAUACUUGAUGGAGCGUAUUGAUGAGGUUGGGACCUCGGAUAUGACGAAGGCUAAGAUCCUCUUGAGGAUGUUCAAGCUUUCUUUCAUGGCGGUGACUCUGUUCUCCGUGCAGAACGAGCAGGUUCUCCACCCCCAUGUGACCAAGAUCGUGACGAAGUGUAUUGAGCUUUCCGUUACCGCCGAGGAACCUAUGAACUACUUCCUUCUCUUACGUUCCCUGUUCCGCAGCAUCGGCGGUGGCAGAUUCGAGCUUCUCUACAAGGAGAUUCUUCCCCUGCUGGAGAUGUUACUCGAGACGUUCAACAACCUGCUACUGGCAGCCCGCAAGCCGCAGGAGCGGGAUCUCUACGUGGAGCUCACACUGACCGUCCCUGCUCGACUGAGCCAUCUGCUCCCUCACCUCAGCUAUCUGAUGCGACCCAUCGUCGUUGCCCUGCGUGCAGACUCCGACCUUGUCGGGCAGGGCUUACGCACGCUGGAACUUUGCGUGGACAAUCUCACAGCUGAUUACCUUGAUCCAAUCAUGGCUCCUAUUAUGGACGAGCUCAUGACUGCUCUUUGGGAUCACCUUCGUCCUCACCCUUACAAUCACUUCCACGCCCAUACGACUAUGCGCAUCCUAGGAAAGCUGGGCGGAAGGAAUCGCAAGUUCCUCAACCACCCUCCCGAGCUGUCUUUCCAGCAAUUCUCCGAUGACAACCCAAGCUUCGAUAUCAGAUUGAUCGGCCCCAACGAGAAGAGACCUUUCCCUGUUGACAUUGGUAUCGACCUCGCUGCUGGUAAACUUAUGGAAGUUCCGAAGACGGAUUCAGCCAAGGCUUCGGACAUCUAUUACAAGCAGCAGGCAUAUCGUAUGCUCAGUUCUCAUCUCAAACUGCAGAUUGGCUAUGACGCUAUUCCUGACGAUUUGGCUACCUCAAUCAGGCUCCAUGCCAACGACCUCUUCGAGAACAAGACCAGUGCCAUGGCUGAUAUCCUUGAUAAGUCUGAGAGAUCCGCCUCGAUUCCGAAGAAGAUCGCCCAGGAAGCCAUAGUCAAGAAACUUAUCAAGGCUUGCAUCUUCGCUACUACGAUCCCAGAGCUUGAGCAAACUGCUAAGAGCUUUGUGGCCGAUGUUUGCAAGCACUUCACUCUUGUAGAGGUCGGUCGUGCGCUGGCGCAAUUCAGACAUGGCCGGAAAGCUUUCGACGUCGCCAGCGGCGAAGGCCCCGUCUACCUUGACUCCAAGAUCCUCGCCGAAGCUUUGGUCGAGUGCCUCGCGUCCGAUGAAGUUCAUGUCCGGGAAGCCGCGGAGCAGGCGAUGGUCGUUGUGAAGGAUGCCGCUGGCGUCAUCUUCGGAUCUCCAGAGAAGGCCGCCAAGCUUCCAUUCUUCCAACACCUGGGUCGCGUCUUCUGCCAUAGUUGCUACAGCGAAGAAUGGUUUACCAAGGCUGGUGGAAGCCUAGGAAUCAACUUGCUCGCAACCAAGCUGGACUUGGGUGAAUCAUGGCUAUACGAGCGACACGUUGAGUUCUGCCGGUCCUUGAUGUAUGUCAUCAAGGACACACCCCUGGAUCUGCCGGCUGCCACACGAAUUCAGUCGCAGGAGACCAUGGUCUUGAUCUUGCAGAAAUGUGGAAAGCUCAUUCCCAAGGAUGAUCUCAAGAAUGAGAAGACUCGUUUGUAUGCUCUCUGUGGUCUGCUUGUCUACGAGCUAGGACACAUGAACAAACACGUUCGGGAGACGGCCCGUCGUUGCUUCACAACCCUGAAGGACGUCCUUGGUUGUGAGGUGCAUGAGUUGAUCUUGCCAGUCAGAGAUCGUCUCUUGCAAUCAAUUUUCAACAAGCCUUUGCGUGCCCUUCCUUUCGCCACUCAGAUUGGUUUCAUUGAUGCUAUCACCUACUGCUUGAGCCUUCAUAACGAGAUCGUCACUUUCAACGAGCCCCUCAACCGCCUCAUGUUGGAAUCCCUCGCGCUCGCUGAUGCUGAUGACGAGUCCCUCGCGUCAAAGCCCAAUGAGUUCAAGAACGCAGACAUGAUUGUGAACUUGCGUGUUGCUUGUCUUCGCCUGCUAUCCAUGGCAAUGAGUUUCUCUGAGUUUGCCAACACUCCCCAAAACACGAGCAGGGCCCGUAUCAUCUCUGUUUUCUUCAAAUCCCUCUAUUCCCGUUCGCAGGAAGUCAUUGAAGCAGCAAAUGCUGGUCUUCGCGAUGUUCUCACGCAGACCAACAAGCUCCCGAAGGAUCUGCUACAGAAUGGUCUACGUCCCAUUCUCAUGAACCUGCAAGACCCCAAGCGGUUGAGUGUUGCUGGAUUGGAUGGCCUCGCUCGUCUCCUCACCUUGCUUACCAACUAUUUCAAGGUUGAAAUCGGUGCACGUCUUCUCGACCAUAUGAAGGUGAUUGCGGAUGACGCAGUCUUGCAAAAGGUUUCAUUCAGUCUUGUCGAACAGAACCCCGCCAUGAAAAUUGUCGCCGCCAUCUUUAAUAUCUUCCACCUCCUCCCUCCUGCUGCGACUUCAUUCAUGGAACACCUUGUCAACAAGGUGCUUGAUCUUGAGUCGAAAUUAAGACGCACCUCCCACAGCCCCUUCCGAAAGCCGCUUGUGAAGUAUCUCAACCGCUACCCGAAGGAGAGCUUGGCGUUCUUCUUCGCUCGAUUCAAGGAUGAGCGAUUUGGUCGCUUCUUCGGCCAAAUUUUGGCAGACCCCGAGAGCGAAGGAUUACGAAACGCCAUCGUGGCUGAUAUGGAAGCUUUCUCUACUGCUACCUUCAACCAAGAAACAAGUGACGGCAAGAACACUGCUGCUAUCAAUGGAGUCUAUGUUGCACACUCACUCUGCUCGUACAACUCAACCAAGCGCUGGUUGGUGUCGCAUGCAGACAUGAGAACCAAGCUUCUGCACUCCGGUAGAGAUCUGGAGAGGAAGCUCCGAGGUGACAGCUUGCCCGCCGAUGAGCGCCUUCGCGUGGAACAGGCGGAAGAUCAGUUGAUGGAUAUCUUCACCAUGUACCUGUCAGAGGCAACCCACGACCUCGAUUUCCUCUUUGAGGUCAUCGAUGGACUCUCCGCGGAUGAACUGAAGCGGACCCUCGCUCUUCCUAAGUACAUUUACAAGAGCAUCAUCUGCAACGAGUCCAUCGACUACCGUCGGUCUGUCAUCAUGCGCUGUUUGGAUCUUUACGGCCAGAAGAGCUGCCCACAGAAGACAAAGACGUAUGCUUUCCGUCAUCUCGUCAACCCCAUCUUUGCCAUGGAUGUCCAGGUCACAUGGGAUAGCCCCCCGAACACCCCCAAGCUCAUGGACAAGAGCAUGACUGAGUCAAUCCAAAGUCGUCUCUGGAAGCCACAGCUGGCGGAUUUAAGCGAAGAGUCCAACCAAGCAGGCGUUGAUCACUCGCGUAUGGAGUUGCUUCAGCUGUCCGCCUUGUUGAUCAAGUACCACUCUCAAACGGUGCAAGAUUCCCGCAAGGAUAUCAUCAAGUUCGCCUGGAACUACAUUCGUCUCGAGGAUAUCAUCAACAAGUACGGCGCAUACGUCUUGAUCAGCUACUUUAUUGCCCACUAUGAGACACCAUUCAAGAUUGUGAUACAGGUCUACGUUGCGCUGCUGAGAGCGCAUCAAAACGAAGGCAGGGCCCUGGUCACCCAGGCUCUUGAUGUCCUCGCCCCCGUCCUUCCCACACGGACGGCCAAUAACGCAGGCGACAGAUACCCACUCUGGGCCAAAUGGCCUCGUCGUAUUCUGGCCGAGGAGACUGCCAACUUGCAGCAGGUCAUGAGCAUCUUCCAGUUCUUGGUUCGCCAGCCAGAUCUGUUCUACGAGUCAAGGGAACACUUCGUGCCUCUCAUUGUUCCAUCCCUUAUCAAGAUCACUGGGCCACCAAACACGUCCAAUGAUAGUAAGAAGCUGGCACUUAACCUGAUCAGUUUGAUCUGGCAUUGGGAGGAGAAACGCAUUCACAACGCGGAGUCACAUUCAGUGGCAAAUGGAUCGUCAGAGUCACCCGUUGCGAGGAAGCGCAAGCUGGAUGAAGCUCAAGAGCCAUCACCUUCUCCUGCUCUCGGACCCCCAAGCAGCCGUGCACCAUCUGACUACAGCGUGCCCACAGAUCUGCGUGCGGCAUUGGUAAAAUACCUCAUCACCUUCAUCACGACUAUCCCUGAACGAUUCUCUGUUCCGGCUGCUCAGAUUCGCCAGAAUGCCGCGAACAAGCAGCAAACAACUCCGGUCUCAGGGGAGAUGAUCAACAAGGCAAUCAAUUUGCUUCGCAGCCUUCUUUCCCCAGAGUACUGGGGUGAUCUUGACAUCGAUCUUUACCAGAAGGUACUCGAGCCCAUCUUGGUGGGCGAAAAGGGCGACAAGCCCGAGGACAAGAUCACAUUCGUAGUAAACGCGCUUCAGGUGCUCCGAGUACUCAUUGGAACCAAGCCGAAUGAAUGGGUCGCUGCUCGUUUGCCUUCCAUUCAGAAGCUACUGCAAAAGCCAUUGAAGUCAGACAACCCAGAAAUUCAAGAUUGUCUGCAUGGUCUUGAAGAUGACACCGAUUUUGUCCACAAGCUUCCCGCACCUAUUCGUUACGUCCUCGAAGCCAUUCCCGAUGAACAGCCCGAUGACGAAGAUGCGAUGGACACUGAAGGCACACCUUCUGAGUUCGGUUCUUACUUGUCUGCCAUCGCCAACGAGACCCUCUCGGCGAACAACUAUGUCUCGAGUCUCAACAUUUUGUGGACACUUUCCAAGAUCAAGCCCGCUGAGAUUGACGCACACAUCCCUGCAGUCAUGAAGGCGUUCUCCACAAAGUUGGCGAAGGAGCACGUUGCCGCGUCCACUCAGAACGGCGCCCAAGCCCAGAACGGUGCCAAGCCGGCCGAGGGAGCCGCCGCCGCCGCUACCACCGAUUCACAAGAGUUUGAGCUGGGCGUUGAUCUCAUUCUGAAGACCAUCGAGUUGAUUUCUGUCCGCAUGUCUCAUCUUGGAGACCAACGACGCCCCUUCCUCAGCGUACUUGCCCAGAUCGUUGAGCGUUCUCAAAACAACGAACUUUGCAGCAAGAUUCUCGGUAUGGCUGAGUCUUGGGUCUUCCAUUCUACUGAGUCUUGGCCUACCUUGAAGGAGAAGACAGCUGUCCUUCACAAGAUGUUACUCUUUGAGUCACGCUCUGAUCAAACGAUGCUGAAGAAGUUCCUUGAUCUCGUGAUUCGCAUUUACGAAGACUCCAAGAUCACUCGGACUGAGUUGACUGUUCGUCUUGAGCACGCGUUCUUGAUUGGCGCGAGAGCCCAAGAUGUCGAAAUGCGCAACAGAUUCAUGCAAAUCUUUGAUCGCAGCUUGACCCGUCUCGCCAGUUCUCGCCUCAGUUAUGUGCUCACAUGCCAAAACUGGGAUACUCUGGCCGACUCUUUCUGGUUGGCCCAGGCAUCCCACCUGGUACUUGGAUGUGUUGAUAUGAACACUAGCGCCCGGUUGCACAAUGACGACUUCACAUUGUUCCCCGUCUCUUUCCUCUUUGGCAGUGGAGAAAAAGACCCAAGGAAGUCAGACAUCAUGGUCGACAAUUCUCUCGAAGCAUUCGUUACUGAACGGAGACGUUUCAUGUCUGACGUUGGUGAUGUUAGAGUUCGUGACCUUAUUGAGCCUCUAUGUCAACUCCAACACACGGACAACAACGUUGCAUACAAGUUGUGGACCACGCUGUUCCCUCUCUUCUGGUCCACACUUUCAAAGGAAGACAGCAUUGAUUUGGAGAAGGAUAUGGUCACUCUCGUUACCCGGGAGUACCACCACCGUCAAUUGGACAAGAGACCCAACGUUGUGCAGGCCCUACUUGAGGGCGCCGUGCGUGCAAGCCCUAGGUUUAAGAUACCACCCCAUGUCAUCAAGUAUCUAAGCCGAACUUAUGAUGCUUGGUACACGGCAGCCACCUAUCUUGAACAGACUGCAAUCGACCCCAUCAUCGAUACGCCUACUGUUCGCGAGAGUAAUCUGGAUGCUCUCGUUGAGGUUUAUGCUGGUCUUCAAGAGGACGAUUUCUUCUACGGAACUUGGCGCCGACGUUGCAAGUUUGUGGAAACCAAUGCUGCGCUGUCCUAUGAGCAACAGGGAAUGUGGGACAAAUCUCAGCAGCUCUAUGAGAAUGCCCAGAUCAAGGCCCGUUCGGGCGCCAUGCCAUUCUCACAGGGUGAAUACUUCGUUUGGGAGGAUCAUUGGUUGACCUGUGCGCAAAAGCUUCAGCAAUGGGACAUUCUGAGCGAUUUCGCCAAGCACGAGAAUUUGAAUGACCUUUUGUUGGAGGCUGCUUGGAGAAACAUUGAGAACUGGCAGAGUGAGGGUAACCGAGAGCAGCUCGAGUCAUUGAUUAAGUCUGUGUCCGAUGCUCCCACCCCCCGACGCACUUUCUUCCAGGCAUUCAUGGCCCUGCUCCAAUACCACACCAAGAAAGACAACAUUCAGGAUUUCAACAGCGUUUGCGACGAGUCUAUUCAACUUUCUAUUCGCAAAUGGCUGCAGUUACCCAAGCGCAUCACCAACGCCCACAUUCCAAUUUUGCAACACUUCCAGCUUCUUGUUGAGUUGCAUGAUGCUAGCCACAUUUGCGGCAGCUUGGCUCAGACAAAUGAACGCAACUUGGAUACCAAGUCCGCCGAGCUCAAGUUGCUUCUCGGAACUUGGAGAGACCGUUUGCCCAAUCUCUGGGAUGAUAUCAACACUUGGCAGGAUCUUGUCACCUGGCGUCAACACAUCUUCCAGCUCAUCAAUGGGACCUACCUCAGCCUGCUGCCUCCCCAGACGAACAACGUGGCCAGCAACUCUUAUGCCUACCGCGGAUACCACGAAACAGCCUGGAUCAUUAAUCGCUUCGCUCACGUGGCUCGUAAGCACCAGAUGCCCGAAGUUUGCAUUAACCAACUUAGCCGCAUCUACACCCUUCCGAACAUUGAAAUCCAGGAAGCCUUCCUGAAGCUUCGGGAACAGGCUAAGUGCCAUUAUCAGAAUCCGAAGGAGCUGAACAGCGGUUUGGAUGUGAUCAACAACACCAACCUCAACUACUUUGGCCCGCAACAGAAGGCCGAGUUCUACACGCUCAAGGGCAUGUUCCUUGCCAAAUUGGACCAUGUCAAUGAGGCCAACGAGGCCUUUGGUGUUGCUCUUUACUACGACCUGCGUCUCGCCAAGGCCUGGUCCGAGUGGGGACAGUACAGUGACCAACGAUUCAAGGCGGAUCCUACCGACUACGAGCUUGCUAGCAAUGCCGUUAGUUGCUAUCUGGAAGCAGCUGGUCUCUACAAGAGUGCGAAAUCCCGCAAGUUGCUUAGCAGGAUCUUAUGGCUUCUGAGUCUGGACAAUGAUGAGGGCAAGAUUGCUAGUGCGUUCGAGAACUUCAAGGGUGAUACCCCUGUGUGGUACUGGAUUACGUUCAUCCCGCAACUUCUGACUAGCUUGUCCCAUCGCGAGGCUCGUCUUUGCAAGGCUGUCUUGACGAAGAUUGCCAAACUGUACCCGCAAGCUCUCUUCUUCCUGCUGCGCACCAACAGGGAAGACAUGUUGAGUAUCAAGAAACAACAUGACCAGAAGCAAGAGAAGUUGAACAGAGCCAGACAACAGCAGCAAGGGUCGUCACCAAGCACCAAGCCAAACUCAACUGCUGGUGCCGAGAGCUCCCCUGCCCAGAAGGCUCAAGCCAACGCUAUGGCUGCCAAUGCAUCGCCUUCCAUCGCAGCCGCAGGCUCUCCAGCCACACAGAACCCUGGUCUCCCGAACCAGUCUCCUGCUCAGUCCCAAAACACCAUCCAGGCUUCCCCCCGACAAGGCCAAGGUCAAAGCCCACAGGUUGGUCAAACCCCAGGCCAGGCUCAGCAUCUGCAAGUGCCGGGCCAGAAUGGAACACCACAGAACCAGACUACCACAGUGGAGGGUGAAAAGGAGCCGCUCAAGAAACCCUGGGAGUAUUCUGAUGAAAUCAUGUCCGGCUUGAAGACAGCCUUCCCCUUGCUUGCUCUGUCCAUGGAGACAAUGGUCGACCAGAUCCACAAGAACUUCAAGUGUCCUCCCGACGAGGAUGCCUACCGAUUGAUUGUCGCCCUCUUGAACGAUGGUCUGGCGUAUGUUGGCCGUAUGCCUGCUUCCUACGCACCGGACUUCAAAUUGCCUGCCGCCACUGAAGCCAAUAUCACGCGCUUUGCUGAAACCAUUCUCCCCGCCCACAUUCGCAAAUCGUUUGAGGCAGACUUUGUUACCAAGAAACCGACCAUGAACGAGUACAUCCACAAGCUACGCCGCUGGCGUGACAAGUUCGAAGAAAAGCUUGAUCGUCGACCCCAGCAAACAUUCCUUGAGAGCGCUUCUCCACACUUGAGUGAGUUCCGUUUCCUCAAGUUCGACGAGGUCGAGAUCCCAGGCCAGUACCUUCUUCACAAGGACAAGAACCAGGACUUUGUCCGUAUCGACCGCUUCCUUCCGGAUGUUGAUCUGGUACGGGGCAUUGGUGUUUGCCAUCGCCGCCUGAAGAUCAGAGGACACGACGGUAGUGUUCAGGCAUUCGCUGUUCAGCAUCCCGCUGCUCGACACUGCAGACGCGAAGAGCGUAUCCUCCAAUUGUUCCGUAUCUUCAACGGACUGCUUGCGAAACGCAAGGAGAGCCGUCGUCGCAAUCUGUACUUCCACCUACCAUUGAUGGUCCCUCUGGCGCCUCACAUUCGCUUGGUCCGUGAUGACUCUUCAUACAUCUCCAUGCAAGGAAUCUAUGAAGACUACUGUCGCCGCAUGGGAAUGAACAAGGACGAGCCUGUUCUCUUCACUAUGGAGAAAAUGAGAUCACUGGCAGAGACAAAGCAGAAUCGCACCCCCGACCAGCAGCAGAUUCUUCGUACCGAGAUUCUGACCGCAAUCCAAGAGAAGUGGGUGCCGAGCACCGUGGUCCUGGAAUACUUCCAACACACAUAUCCCAACUUCUCCGACUUCUGGCUAUUCCGUCGUCAAUUCGCCUACCAAUACGCGGCAAUUGCGUUCAUGACCUAUGUCAUGCACAUUGGCAACCGUUACCCGAACAAGAUUCUGAUCUCUCGUUCCACCGGCGAUAUCUGGGGUGCCGAACUGAUCCCCACCAUCAACCCAGCCAAGGCGUUCUUCUACAACCCGGAACAAGUCCCCUUCCGUUUCACGCCCAACAUCCAAACCCUACUCGGGCCGAUUGCCACAGAGGGUGUGUUCGCCUGCGCCAUGAUGGCCAUCGCCCGAUGCUUGACAGAGCCACGGCACGAGCUGGAGCAGCAGCUUAGCGUUUUCGUGCGUGACGAGAUGAUGUUCUGGGCCACGGCACAACACCGUGGCUCUCUGCCUCCCAACCAGCUCCGUGACCUCGUGUACAACAACAGUGAGAUCAUCGUCAACCGAGCCGUCAGUCUUGCCAGCCCGCCAGAGGGUAACUUGCCCGCCAACCAGACCACGAUCGAUUUGGUCUCCAAGGCCGUCAAUCCCCAGCACCUGGCUUCGUGUGAUGCUUUGUGGAUGCCAUACCUUUAA